AUGUUCUACGCCCCCAACGUCGGACCGACUCCACCAUCCAGCCCUGCCUCUGCCGGCGAGAACUCCCCCGUUCGGAUCUACCAGGAUCCCGAGGAGCGCAACUCCCGCCUCCCACUGCAAGAACUUCCCAUCACUCCUUUCGGAGACGUGCUUUCACGCCGAGGUCCUUCGUUCCGGCCCAUACCCUCCAUUGACAAAGAGAACUACCCGGCCCUGAGAUCCGCCCUCGACCAUCGUGAGCGAGUGCUCGCCCAGCAGGCCCUAGACGUGGCCCACGCCCUCGACCAGAUGCAAUUUUACCGAAACCUCCUUCAGCAGUCUCUUGCCGAGGUUUCGUCCGCGUCGUCCGCGAUCGCUGACCCAGACGAACUUCCCCCAGCCGCCCACAUGAACGCAAACACCCGCCUCAGCAUGCCUCUCGACUCGGAUGAGUCCAGCUCCGAGCCGGACCUCAGCGUCCUGGGCAUGGCGCGCGCUGGAAACGCCGGUGCCGAUCACCAGAUGAACGCAAUGGCCUACGAUGAGGACGAGGUUCUGUCCCAGGAGCAGUACGAGGACACCAGCCUCGAGGACCCCGUCGAGGAGCACGACGUCGCUCCCCUCUUCGACCCGGCCACGGUUGGUCUCAAGGAGAUUUCAAACCUCGGCAAAUUCACCGUCAGCAGCCACAAGCCCGGCUGCGGCGUCGACGAACUGCGCAGCGACGACCUGAAGAUGUACUGGCAAUCGGAUGGGCCCCAGCCUCACAAGCUCACCAUCUACUUUGUCAAGCGGGUCGGCAUCCGUGACAUUCGCUUCUUUGUCGACUACAACGAGGACGAGUCCUACACGCCCACCAAGAUCGUCUUCAAGUCCGGCACGAGCGAGAACCACCUCAUCGAGUUCGCCACCAUGAACCUCGACAGCCCCGUCGGAUGGCAGCAGGUGCCCGUCGCCGGCGCGGGAGGCGAGCCGGACGGAAACACCCUCGUCUCGUACGUGCUCCAGAUGCAGAUCCUCGAGAACCACCAGAACGGCAAGGACACCCACCUGCGCGGCAUCAAGAUCUAUGCCUUUGACGCCGACGCGGCCGCCGGACGCGAGAUUGCUCCCGCGGACGAUGACGAUGAUGAGGACGACGAGGACUCCGCCGAGGCCAUGGACGUGAGCGACGACGAGGGCGCCGCUACCACCGCGGGCCAAGCGGGCUUCAGCGACAAACUGGGCGACAUUGCCCGGAUCCUGGCCGCGGCCAGACUCGAGUCCGGCGAGACUGGGCUCACGCUCCCCGACUUUAUGCGGGAGCCUGAAAUCCGCUGA